AGCGCCCCGCGGCCCCGCUCCCGCGGCCCAAGCGCCGCUCCGGGGACACCCGCCCGGCCUCUUCCGCGCCAGGCCCCGCCCCGGAGGGGGGAAGCGGCGCGGAUGGCGGGCGGCGGCGCGGAUGGCGGCUGCUUGGCGGCGGACCCGGAGGGGGAGGCGGCCGUGGCUCUCGAGGCUCUGCGUCUGCUGCGGAUCGAGCCCUCGGCCGUCGGCCCCGGCGCGGAGAGCGUGAGCGGCGCGGCGCAGUGCUCGAGGAACGCGCUGCGGAAGCGGAGGCGCUGGGAGCGGGUGCUGGCGGCCAAGAAGAGCAAGCGGCGGCAGGAGCGGGAGCGGUGCAGGGCCCGGCGGGCAGGCGCUGCCGGCCGCGACGGCGGGAGGGUCCCAGCCGCCCUCGCGAAGGAACGGCUUCUGGAGGCCCGCGCGUCGGGGCCCCGGCUCUGCGUGGACCUCGGCAUGGCUGACCGCAUGACACAGAAGGAAACGAGCCGCCUUGCCUCCCAGAUCAGGAGACUCUACGGGGCGAACAGGCGGGCUGAGAAGCCGUUUUGGCUCUGUCUGACGGAGUUUGUGGUGGGCUCGUUGAUUUAUGAGGAGUGUUUUCGUAUGAAUGAUGGCUUCUCCAAUUAUUUGAUGGACACAACUCCAGAAAGUUACCUGGACCUGUUUCCUUUAGAUGCAAUUGUUUAUCUCACUCCUGACUCCGAGAAUGUCCUUGAAGAUAUUGAUCCAAGUAAAGUGUACGUCCUCGGAGGCCUGGUGGAUGAAAGUAUUCACAAGGUUCUGCCUCGAUCCAGCACCAGGCUGAGAGAGACUGCAGCAGUUGGGCUGAAAUAUGCCCUGGGACAAUGCAAUGAUGUGCAUCCUAGACACUUGCAGUCUUUGAUGUCUUAUCAACUUACUAUGAGACCCAAAGCUGGCCAGCAGCCUUGAAAGCAGGAGUAUCUUCUGGAAAAGGCUACAUGCUACCAGAUGCAGUGAAAUAAGUGGAAAUACCUCAAGCAUGACAACGCACAAGAAAACUCUGUUUAUUUUGUGAUGCUAAGGAGCUGUGCAGCCAUGAGGCAAACUCCAAAUUUCAAGCAGAGGCACCAGCAUCAAUAUGCAUAAAGAAAACAGCUUUGUUUAUGUUUUGAGGACCUUAUUGAGAGUGACACAUUCUACCUCAGAAAUACAAUGCUGGAAAUUACUUUUCCCCUUGAACAUAAAGCCAAUGGGAUCAAGGAAAAACUGUCAGGAAUUCAGUUUUGCUUCUUGUAGAUGCUGCACAGAGUGUUUCUGACUCUUGCAUCUACAGCUGUUCUGGGACAGGCAGGAGAGCUUUAAGGUAGAUCUUUCAUCUUGAUUAAACAGUAAAUAAGGUGAAGUUAAAAUAGCAAAGCUCAUUGGCAAGGAAAUUCCUUCCCAUGGAAAAGGACAGUGCUGUUCCAGUUGGGGAACGCAAGAUGGAAAGUGAUUCCACAAUGGAGAAACAGUUCCCAGAUGCACUAUGUUCUAACAACUUUAAACCAGUAGAACUGGAGACUUGUUGAAGCUCAUAGUUAAUCCUGUGCAUCUAAUCCGAAAAUCUAAAAUAAAAUGUUUACUCUUAAA